CCGCCGGCGAGCGGGGCGACCGCCACUUCCGCUUCCGGGACGGCAUUUUCGCCCGCGCCAGUGGCGGGAAAUGGCGGCCUCCGUGGCGCCGCCCUCGAAGCUGCCGCCGCCGCCAGGGCCCGCGGAGCGCGAUGCGCGGGUGCGAUGCUGCUCACGGAGAGCUCUGCGCGAGGCCCUGGCGCUCUGCGCCCCUUUCGUGCGAUCCCUGGCGCGGGGCCAGCCGGGCGCGGCCGAGGCUGCCGCGGGAGACGCGCUCUGGAAUUUUGAAACAGCUGUGCGGGAGAAUGUUACCAUCAAUGGGCAGCCCUGGGAGGAAACUUCAGAGGACUCCCAGCUGCAGGGUGGUUCCAGCAUUAAAAUUCUUGAAGAUCAAUUUGAUGAACUAAUAGUGGAGACAACAGCGAAGCGUAAACAGUGGCCUAGAAAGAUACUGACGCAUGCUAUCCAAACCAUGAAAGCAGAGCAAGACAUGUUGAAGCUCUACCAGCCUGUUGUAACACCAGAAGAGAUAAGAUCACAGCCUUCUCAAGUUGCUUACAUGGCGGAUCUGAAGCAGGUGACAGAAAUGGCAUCCAAACAGAUCAGUGGGGCAAUGAAGUCUCUCCCAGUGCUAAUAGAAAAAGCAGAAGGUUUUUCCCAAGCAUUAACUUGGCAACCAGUCUUGGAACUCUGCAAGCUGCGGCAAGAAGUCUUUGCUGGUUGCAAGGCAAAAGAGGAAAAUAAUGUCCAAAAGGUAGUAUCACCAGGAGAAGUCACACCAACAGACGCUGAUACCAGGAAAACUACUUACGUUUUGCUAAAAAGAAGAAAACCUACACGUUCACCAGAAAGAAGGCGCUAUCCACUUCGACGGAGGAAGAUUAAUCUUAGCACAUGAAUUCCUGAUUUAGUAUUUUCAGAUAGGAAUCUCAGUUGUACUCCUGUUCAAUGUGCUCAGUUUUUUCCAAAAACUUUGUCUCUCCUCUAAUUCAGUGCAAUACAUAGCUUUCUUAAUUAUUUAGUCUUUCAUUCUUUUAAAUAUUUCUAUUUUUACUGUCUCGCUGAUGAUAUAUGAAAGCCUGCGCAUACAAGUAGCAUCUGAUAUACAGCAAGUAUAUUUGCUGAUUAACAUUCAUUUUUUUUCUUUUAUUACAGCAUUCAGCUUGAGUCCUCACACUUCUCAGAGUCUGUGCACAUGCUUUAUGUAUGUGAGCAGUUUCUUAGUAAGCUACUAACUGCUCAUUUACAUUAAGCAUGUCUCUAAAGAGGUUGGAGAAUGUCUAGUUCUCCUAAUGCACCUUCAUUUAUUACUGAGUCAGGUGGCUAUUUUUUAAUAAAUAAAUUAAAAAGAAAUUAACACUGGAGCAUACUGAAAACACCAGAGUUGAUAUGGUGUUACACUUUUUAAAAAAUCCACACAAACCCAGUAUUGGUCUCUGCUAUCCCACCUUUCCUGAAUUUAGGUCAACUGGGCUUAUUUGUUGUCACGUGUGUCUAAACUUUGAUUUUUAGUAAUUGUACAUAUUUACUUGCUGUGUGCUCUUCUGAACAAGAAGUCAACCAUCCACAACUUGCCACCUGAUAUUUCAUUUCAUCUAAUCCAGUUAUGCUGUCUGGGGGUUUCCUGGACAAUAUUUCUACACAUUACAGGAUCUUGACUCAGGUUGUGUAUGCAUUUGUGUUCUUUGACUAAACUUUAAAGAUCAGUAUAGGCUACCAGUAAAUGGUAUGAAGUUGAGCUGACUUUCUUUGUUUUUUCUUUACACAUAGUGCCUAGACAAUUGCACAGUAGUAGUAAGUUGAGCAUUGUGCCUUAACUGUUCAUAACCUCUGGUUUAUGAUUGCAUGUGCUUGCAGGAAAUACUCAUGUCUAAUAGGUAAAGUAUUUCUCACACAGUAGGUGGAGGGGGUUUUUAGAACCUUUAUUAAUGAAAUAUACUUUGGUAAGAAGAUAAUGUCCAAGACUGGAACUUCAAGAAAACGUGUGACAGGUUUUUAGCAUCAUUUAGUUUGUAAAGGUGAGCAUCUGUAUUGAGACUUUGUAUAUUUAGUUGUAUGUAAAUAUUUGUUUCCCUUCACUCCUGUAUAUACAAAUUUGUUUUUAUGUAAAGUAAAUUAAAUCAGUCAAGAAAAAUCAAAGUUUCAUAUAAUAUUGUCAGUUCUAAUCCUGGAAUAGAUGGUGACUUCACAGUGAGUACUUCAGAAGACAUCUGUGUUAAAUUUUGGCUCCAGUAACUGAAGUAGUUCCAUUUACUGCCUUUGAACUCACAACUGUUAUUAAUAUCGGGGCUACAAAGCAUGUAAUGUAAACGAGGACAGGAUGUUAGAGGGGCUAGAGCUGCGAAGCUGUGGGAUGUGUGACUGGGACAAUUUUUCACACAGCAACUUGCUAUUCUAGCAGCUUUGAGUACGCGUGCUCUGUGCUGGGUUGAAAAUCCCCACUACGGCUUUCUUCACCAAGAUCCACAGAUACACUUUAAUCCAAGUGCUCUUAGACUAAGCUGAGCCUUGCAAGAUUUUUCAGGUCUACGAUGAUAGUAUUAGAACACUUUCUAUGCUAAUGAGCCUGCUUUUCUCUGCAAGUAAUGAUAGGCCAGUACAGAAAAUGGGGAGAGUCGUGUCUCUCUAGAAGGUCCCAUGGGAAGUAGCCGAAUAUAAUGAAAAUGCCUUAAGAAACAGAGAGGGCACUGUGGACUAAGACUUAAGUGAAUUAAUUAAUUAAUUCACCCUGCAGUACAUUUUAGUGUUUAGAGAUUGCAUGACGGGUGAUCUGUGUGGGAUUCAAAGGAUGUAGGAAAGGAUGCCCUCAGCCAGGGCAGGCAGGCCUUGUUUUAGUUGCAGCUGGGUGGAAAAGGAAGGAUGUGUCAGGGAACACUGGCUCGAUAAAGGGUGUAAAGAAGGAAAACAACAAAGAUUCCAAGCAGCAAUGGAAGGUGUAAAUGUAAGUUCUCUGAUGAGCUAUGCUCGAUGCUAAUGUUCAAUGCUGUUUCUCAAAUAAUUUUUAAACAUUUCUACAGCAAGCGGUACCUGCAACUCGCCAUGUCUGGGAUCGGUUCUUCCCACUGGCACAAAUGCAUGAAGGAAUUAAUUUUUACCCAUUCCAGUAGCCUUUUGUCCCUCAGUUAACUUUUCAUAGAAAUCAGCAGUAUUGUGCAAGACCAGUGUCUAAUCAGACUUCUACUGAAAUGUCACAACAUCCAAACUUCUUAUUUUUAACUCUAGGCGAAUUGGUAUUGCAUCAAGAAAUGUCUGGUAGUUUUUCUUUAUAUAGCUGUUGAAUUUUGUAAGACGGCUCAAUUCAACUGGGUUUGAAUUUCUUGGCUUUUGGGGGUGAGACAGAACAUCUCGCUUGCUGUCAGCGAUGUUCUUUACUGUUUGUGAACGUGGGCCAUCCCUACCCAAGAAAAACUUGCCAAGUGGAGCAGUACCCGCACAGACUUUUGCUGUGUGUAGUUUCUGAACAAAGGGGAUUACAGCAUGCAAGGAAGCUCCCUUUCCAGAAAUCUUCAUACAGACACUUAACGUCUGUUUGAAAGCAUGGAUGCUCUGAAACUCAGUUGUGGUACAAGCUGUUCUUCAGAAGAGCUGUGCUGUGAUAAGCUGUGUUCAGUGACUCCAGUCUGUAUGUGUGUAGGUUGCUUCAGUGUAGACAAAAAUCACUGAUAAACUGACCUUACAAAAUGUAAAUUCAGCUGACUAGACUGCUUUCUGGGCCUGUUUUCUCUCCUGCACAGAAAAGCUCUGCCUCGACAGCUGCGUUACCUGGAAUUACUGUGUAGGCAUUUCUACAGAUGUACCAUAGAUAGCUUUAAUCCUAAACAGAAACUUGUUUCCACAAGCAAAUUUUAGCUUUUCAUUUCCUUUGCCACUUUGAACAAGAACAGACUGUACUCAGGCUCAAAGGGACUGUCCUGUGACUUGUCCCAUACGUGUGGGAUCCUGGAAACCUUAUU